AGGGGAAACGCUUGCCAGGCGGAAACCCACCAGGUCCUGGAACACUGCCGCCGAACUGUUUUCUGGAACCGGAUCCACCCGGACCACUCAGCUGGCACCACAACGAGGUUGUUGGGCUAUGUCCGGGAGAAGAUUCGCCGUCUGCGGUAGAUUUCUGGAUCUACAUGUCUCAUGGCAACUUGGACUGAGAUUCGGGAACUUGCUGGCAAGUUAAAAGCAGCUCAAGCGAAACAAGAUGUCCAUUGCUUAUCCGAGCGCAUCUGGGUCGAUGUUAUCAAGCAUCUGGCGGAUAUAAAUCGUCUGAAGCUUGUAUUCACAACUGACGGACAUUCUUUUCUAACCAAACAAGAAUUGGAAAAAGAAAUCAGAGAGGAGGUAGAGGCCCACAAUGGACGGAUUUCUCUGGUCGAACUUGCUUCCAACCUGGAUGUAGACUAUUCUUUGAUCGAAACGAUUGCAUCUGGACUGGUCAUCACUGAUUGCCAAGUAACUGAUGCUGAUCGUUUAUUGAGUAUUCCUGGUGAGCUAUUGAGUACAUCUUACCUCCGCCUCGUGGCACAGGAAAUACAAGACCGCUUGAUUGAGCGUGGGCAGGUGACUAUAGGCGAGUUGGCUUCAAUUUUCAGUCUACCUACGGCACUUCUUACGAAUGUUAUCGAUCUGUAUCAAGACACCCUUUUCCAUGUUUUUAAGUUAGAGGAAAAAUAUAUAACAAAGGAGUGCAUGGCUGAAAACAGGGCCAAAGUCCGUGGCUAUUUCACUGCCAUCACAUAUCCCAUUACCUUGGCUUCUGUUGCGCAGAGAUUGGACAUUUCAAUAAACUUUUUAUCGAGUGUUGUUUCAAGUCUCAUCAACAAUGGACAACUGCGUGGCAAGUUAGUCGCCAAUCGUGGUAUGUACAUUCCAUCUUGUUAUUCGAUGGCAGAAGACAAUUACGUAAACUCUUUCUACACACAAAACGGAUAUGUCGAAUGGGAUCAUCUGAAAAAGUUAGGUAUUUCGGAUCCUGGGGCUUAUUUGCGCUCACUUUUGCCUGAUGCUACACACCUUUCUGGGGUGUCUAUCGCCCCAACGCUACUAAGUCAGUUGGGUGGUUUAUUGGAGGAAACAGCUCAUGGUGGAACUUGGGCUGAUCUUACUCACUGCAUACCGGCAGGAUUAAGCGGUCUGGAAAGAAUGAGAAUUGUUGAACCCCUUAUACGAACCUUACCACUCAAGCAAGUUAUGCAAGCCCAGUACGUGAUCUCGGACGCCUUCAUUAGUGAGUGUGUACCUCAUUUUGAAAACUUCAUUCACCUACAAGCGGAACUUGGAGCUAAGGAUCGCCAAUCGUUCACACAGCCACAACGAUCCUCAAAGAUCGAGCGCGAGUACUCGACUAACCGAAUUCCUCAGGUUGCCGCUAAGGGUGGUUUCGGAAUAGGUGCUCGCGAGCUGAAAACAAAGAAUGUAAAAAAGAAAUAUGCACCAGGGAAGCGUCGCUCAACAUUACCCUCCUCUGAAGUUGCGGGAAUAUUGGAGAAUGGAGGCUCCUUCUCUGAAUUGUCUAUGUCUAAAUACUUGCCCAAGAACAAACUGUUGGAAAUACUGGACAAUGCGCUACCCACGGAUGUACCUAAGGAAAUUAUCGAUGGCGUCGUCAACAUCUUAAUCCCCCAGUUUGAGUCCAAGUUCAAGCAACUUGUAGACUCCAUUUUUAUUCCAAAUUCGUCAACCGCGCGCAGACGAGAGUCUGUUCUACAAACGCAGGAUACGGUAAACACUAUGCUGCUGGCAAUCCAGUUAUUUGAACGAGGAAUCAUGGGCAUCAGUCAGUGUGAUCUACAAACCAAGUUAAUUCGCCAUCUCGUCAGAACUCACGGAGCUUGUGUAGUCGACAGACUGUGUGCAUGCCUUGCUCAAUACCACAGCAUAUGUUGGCCAGAGUCCGAGCACAAAUUGGUAGAACAUGACCAUGAUGAGCCAACUGAAGUGGCUGGUUCUUUGGGUCAACCAGGCGGCUUAACCCCAUUAGCUACCGAACAUCGUGCUCGACUUGUUGAUCUCUUGAAGCAGUCUGGAUCACCUGGUGCGACGGAGGCUGCACUAAGUCUGCGAGAAGUGAUGGAAAAAAUGCGCGCCAUUCAAACCAAUAGCUCCGGUCUACGUGAAUUCUACGAAUCAGUGGACAUUUUCGCCAGCGAACACGUCGGUAUUUCAUUUGGUACGCUACACUGUCGCAGCGACGCCAAGCGAAAAAGAGAGGAACGGCAGAAAGCAAACGAACUGGCCAUUCAAGUGGAACUGCAACUCGUUGAAGCACAUCGGCAAAUGAAGAUCAGUUCGAAUGUUGAGUAUGCAGCCAUGGUAACGGUGGCUGCCUCCUGUCUGUUUGCCCAAGUAUUCACGGGUUGGCCUGUAACCUCUCCGGGAAAGUGUGUGCCCGACCUGGUAAAGUGGCUUUGCGAGUAUUUAGCUACGAAGAAGCAGCACCCAAACUCAAGCACUGAGACAAUACCAAAUUCCCCUUCACCUGCAGUCCAGUUUCUAAUCUCGUCCCCUGCAAUAGAUGACCUACAUUCGCUAACCGCUCGUAUAUCACAGCAUAUGCAUUCCGGUGCCGACUUUACUUCCGAUACAGGAGUAGGAGAUUUUGUUGACCAUAUCUUGGAAGCCGCCCGCAGUUGUAGGAAAUUGAUUUAUGCAUGAAUAUCUGAGCUUCGCCCACAUAUCUUCCCAAUCACUUUGAAUUGUGUGAUUUCAUUCCUUUUUGCAAUGCUCAUCUCUCGACUGCAAAUAUUUUUGCAGCUCUUGGAACAUCUGUGCCUUGCAUGCUCUACACUCGUUCUCUUCGAAUUACUGCGAGAUGGUGUCUGAUUUUCACUUGUUUCACACCCGUUUUGAACUGGUCCUUCAACCAACAGUCACAUUUCUAGCAUUCCCAUAACUGACAACUACCUCGGCUUCUCACUUCCCGCUUGCACCAAGCGGUUUUGUUCUGACAGCGUGCAUUGUUUGAUGUGACUAAUUGUGAAUAAAUUGCUGUGAUACAACCUGUUUCCCAUCUCCUGGUUAACAUCAAUGAAAUUCGGUUCAGCUGCAAUUAUCGCGUUUGAUAAGCAGCGAAUAAAUGCUAAUAAAUUAGCCAUUGACAUCCUGUUGACUGCGGAAUAUGGUAUUUUGUAUCGUGUCUAUAAUGAUGGAAAGAGCUCUGGGCAUGGUUAGAAAAGUAGUUGUAGUGGAAGUGUGUGCUCUUUGCUGCCGUAUCUAUCUUCGUAUCACAAUGGACAGUCGAAAAUUGAACCUCCUGUAGCGAUAUCAUAGCCGGCGUGCGACGCUCGAACGUCAUUUUUGCCAAACAUAACGGCGCUGUCUCACAGUUACGUUUCACGUUUAAAAAAUUUUGAUGUUUGUACUAAGGCCGGCCGUGCUUCGAUCGCGGCACGAUUUUUUUCCCGUACAUGUCGUUCAUUUUGGACACUGGAACCACAUCCGAAGUAGAAAUUUUUCGGUUAGCGCGAUAGUCACUAUGUAUGACCUUAACACUAGAACGCCCG